UCUUGAUCCAUGACAGUGAAACAGCAAGUGCUUGGUGUCCAUAAGUCUGUGGGAUUCAUCUGAAGGAUUCACCAUCCACGCUAAACUACCAGAUGCGAAGAGAUUAUUAUGAGGAAGCCAUUAGAGACUCUGGACCCUGUGAGGAAUCGGGGAGUACAUUGUUCCUGUCAGGUUUAAGUAGAGUGGGUGUGUGAUCAUGUCCGGCGCUCCAUAGAUUUCAGACCACCGGACCCCCAAGCUGCCCGUCAAACCAUGGAUCCCAUGUUCCCCAGUGUCAAACUGGGGUCAGAUCGCACCCCUCUGCAGCGAAACAGCAAACGUCAACGAGUGCAUCAUGUCAGGAGGAAACUACGCCCUUCUCGGAUUUUUGGUUUUAUCCUGAGCAUCUCUGCCCUCACAUUGUUCCUGUCUUGGAGUGCCUUUACUUUCACUUUGGGCCCAUUCCCAAGAUGGACGCCACUCACCUCUCUCAACAACCAUGAUGGACUUGCAGCGCCAGUGCCACACAGAACUGUCCUAUCUUCUGACGAAGAGCGCAAUGUUUCGGCAGAUUCACCCAUCGCUAUGGCCUCAUCCGACGAGCACAGCCAGGGAGACUAUCCAGAGGAUCUGUUCAGUCUGGAGGAGAGGAGGCAAGGUGCAGUCGUGCUGCAUAUGUUCGGCAUGAUGUACAUGUUCAUUGCCCUCGCUAUCGUCUGUGAUGAGUUUUUCGUCCCGGCUCUCACCGUAAUCACAGAAAAACUGGAGAUCUCGGAUGACGUCGCGGGCGCCACCUUCAUGGCCGCUGGAGGUUCUGCUCCCGAGCUCUUCACCUCCGUGAUCGGUGUCUUCGUCUCACACAGCAACGUUGGCAUCGGGACCAUCGUGGGUUCGGCUGUCUUCAACAUUUUGUUCGUGAUCGGGAUGUGCGCUCUCUUCUCACGCGAGAUCCUCAACCUCACCUGGUGGCCUCUGUUUAGAGAUGUCACAUUUUAUAUCAUUGGACUAAUUAUGCUUAUCGUUUUCUUUCUGGAUAACCACAUCACCUAUUUUGAGAGCAUUGGACUGUUACUCUGUUACGCUAGCUACGUCACUUUUAUGAAGUACAACGUGACUGUAGAGACUUUAAUCAAAACUAAAUUACUCAGGAAUCAAGUGGACGACAUUGAAGCUCCUCCUAAGGUUAUCAGUGUGGCAGAUGAUGAAAAUAAACUCUCGGCUAAACCACGCCUCCAGAGAGGAGGAAGCUCCGCCUCCCUACACAACACCCUCAUGAGAAACAGCAUUUUCCAGCUAAUGAUUCACACACUCGAUCCUCUCAGCGAAGGGAAGUUUAAGGAGAAGGCAUCGAUUCUACACAAGAUUGCAAGAAAAAAGGGACAAGAUGAGGCAAAUGGUGUUGUUGACAAGAAUGUCCCCAACAGCAGUAAUGUGGAGGUGGAAGUCACUCCGCCUAUGAAUGGCAGUGCUGGAGCUGAGGCCGAGGAGGAGGAAGAUGAAGACCAGCCUCUGAGCUUGGCGUGGCCAGAUACGCCGAGGAAGCAAGCAACAUACCUCUUCAUCUUCCCCAUCGUCUUUCCAUUGUGGCUGUCACUGCCAGAUGUCCGCAGAGAUACAUCAAAAAAGUUCUUUCCGAUCACAUUUUUGGGAUCUAUUUCUUGGAUUGCUGUUUUCUCUUACAUGAUGGUGUGGUGGGCUCAUCAGGUUGGUGAGACUAUUGGAAUCACGGAGGAGAUCAUGGGUUUGACUAUUCUAGCGGCUGGCACCUCCAUUCCUGAUCUCAUCACCAGUGUUAUUGUUGCCCGCAAGGGUCUCGGCGACAUGGCCGUCUCCAGCUCAGUCGGCUCCAACAUAUUUGACAUCACUGUGGGCCUGCCUUUUCCGUGGCUGCUCUUCUCGAUCUUGAACGACAUGUCUGCAGUGACCGUGAGCAGCAACGGCCUGUUCUGCGCCAUCGUUCUGCUCUUCCUCAUGCUCCUCUUCGUCAUUAUCUCCAUCGCUGUGUGCAAGUGGAAGAUGAGCAAGCUGCUGGGUUUCUUCAUGUUCCUGCUCUACUUUGUGUUCCUGGUGGUCAGCGUAAUGCUGGAGGACAAGAUCAUCAUCUGCCCGGUCUCCAUUUGAAUCCUUUAUCGUGCACGCCGCUGCUCUUUUUCUGAGAACAGACCCUUAUUUAUUGGGCAUCCGAAUGAUAACACGAGAGCUUGACCGCAGCUGCGCUGUGGCACCGCUUCUUUAUAUCCACUGAAGUCUGAGUAGCAGGGCUUUCCAAGCAAGUAGUUUGUUAUGGGAAAGUAGUGCAAUAUUCCGCAUGCACUCUCAAAAGCAGUACAUAGAGACUUGAUGUACUGUAGAUUUUAGCCAUUUUUAAUACGCUGUUUGAAGAGGAUGGACUUUAAAGAGCAUGGAGACACAACAUCCAAUGAGGAGGCGGACAUCUGUGGGGAAUGACCACGGACUCAGGAAAGGACCUUUGGUGCAAAUAUGCAUUAAUAAUUCAAUCGCGAUCCUGGUACUGUGCUUUAAAGCUCAUGAUAUCAUAAGCCUUGUGUUGCACAAUAACUUUAAAAGAAAGAAGAAACAAAGCUUAAUAUUUGCUUUGGCUGAAUGCUGGUCCUUUCUGAUUGUUACUUGAGCAUUUUCAUUCUGAGUAUAUCAUAUCUUUUAUUGAAUAGACUUGUAGACAUAGUCAGAAGUCUAUUCUCAACCAAAUAUUAUAGGGCUAAACUUAAGAUUUAUGUUUUUGAAUUGCAUAUGAAAACUUAUGUCCAUCUAGAUUACAGAGUUUUAACAAACUAAUACACUUUAUGCGAUGGCCUACAUUUGAGGGUUAUUAUAGAUAACUAAAACAGCAACAAUGGUUUCGUUGCUUGAAAUAAAAUAAACGUUAACUGAAAUAAAAUAUGAAACAUUCUUCAUUUUCAUUUUUUUUUCGACUUGUUGUACUAAAAUAACUAAAACUAAAAUUGAAAGUUAAAAAUAUAUGCCACUAAAAUGGAAUUUUAAAAUUAAAAUGGAAAUAAAAAAUUACUAAAAAUAUUAAAAACACUAUUACAAAGGUACCAGAAUAACACAUAGUUGCUAUUCAAAUAUAAAUGAAACGGGUAAGACUUAUAUAAUAGUAUGAACAGAGAAUGACAAUAUAUAUUUAUCAAUCCAGUUUGUUUCAGUCUCAUGUAUAUGAACUAACUGAAUAUUGCUUUUGUAUCAUAGCAAUCAUAUUUGAACAAUGCCUGAGUAAAUUGAAUUUGAGUAAAUACUUUUUGAAAAUGAUUAUUUAUUGUACCAUCGAAUGGAAGCAAACAUUUUUUGAGUGCAAAAAUCGAACCCGUUUCUUUUCAGUCGAGUAUGAUUGAAAAAUAUGCAUUACAUUAAGUUCAUUAGUUCAUGUUAAAAUUUUUAAAACUUUUAUAUGCAAAGUCAAUACAUAAAUUUUAAAUUUAGGCCUAUUUUUUUUUAAAGUGUAGAACUGCAAAUAAUCAGUAUCCAACUCAAAGAUUUGGAGCGCUCGUUGUACUAUUGAAUAUAAUUAACCACAUUAAAUGUUAUUUGUAAAUGCAAUAUUUUAUAUGUUUAUUCUCUGGGACUGAUGUUUAAUUUGGUGCGAUUCGUUUGGUGAAAUCCAAUGAAUGAAUGAAUAGUGAAAGACAUUCUCUGCUUAUAGAGGAGAACCAGUUAUCGCUCUCUUUUCACAAUCAUCUCUUGAGCUGUAGGGUGUCUUCAUCACCAUCUUCAGCAUCAUCAUCAUCAUCAUCAUCUGUCUAGACUGCAGUGUUCACGAACUCUUACAGACUCCACUGUUAUCAGAGCUGUCAGCUGGUGUUAAUGUGAGUAGAUGUGUGAGAGAGUUCGGUGCAGAACUCUUUACCGAUCAUUCAUCCCUGCCUGUAUCUCUCAUUCCUGUCUUAAAUCAUUUCGGAUGAUGGAAUGAAAUUUGUAAGCGAAAGUACUAAAGGAAUGGAGCACCCAACAGCUUUGAGGUUGACCGUUAUUCUUAGUUAAAUACAUAUGUAUCUAUCCAUUCAUAAUUUCUGUGUAUUUACAUGAGUUAUGGACAAAAUAAAAUUAUUUCUAAACUUACACUAAAGCAUUAUUACUUCAAGUUUGUGUAUUUAUGCAUUUUUUCGGCGCUGAACGUUUUUGUGAAGUGAAACAAACAUCUUAGUUCUUUGUUAUUAUAAUAUUUUAUGAAUAAUACUUUUGUGUAUUUUUUUAAAGGUGU